AUGCCGGGCGCCGCCAUACCGGCCGCGGGCUGCCGGGAGGAGGAGGAGGAGGCAGAGGCGGGCCCGCCGGCGGAAGGGGCGGGCGGCGGCUGCUGGGACUGCGACCCAAGUUUGGGCUGUAAACCUCCUUCAGGCGGGGCUCUGCACCGUGGUCAUCCUGCCAGCCCCGGCGCCGCAGGACCCGGAGGCGCGGGGCGGGUGGCAAUUACCGGAUCCUUGGCUCCAGCGGCGACUCUCUCCGCUAGCAUGGGGGGCUUCACCGUCUGGGACUAUGUGGUUUUUGCGGGCAUGCUGGUGAUCUCGGCGAUCAUUGGGGUCUACUACGCCUUCGUGGGAGGCGGGCAGAAGACAUCUAAGGACUUCCUUACUGGGGGCCGCAGCAUGAGCGCUCUCCCGGUCGCGCUCUCUCUCACCGCCAGCUUCAUGUCAGCUGUCACCGUGCUGGGGACCCCUGCCGAGAUUUACCGCUAUGGUGCCAUCUUCUGUAUGUUCGCCUUCACCUAUGGCCUCGUGGUGCUGUGCAGCGCCGAGAUCUUCCUGCCUGUUUUCUACAAGCUGGGCAUUACCAGCACCUACGAGUAUUUAGAGCUUCGGUUUAAUAGAUACCUGCGCCUCUGUGGAACUAUCCUCUUCAUUAUCCAAACGACUUUAUACACUGGUAUUGUCAUCUAUGCUCCAGCUUUAGCACUAAAUCAAGUUACUGGCUUUGACUUGUGGGGUGCAGUGGUUGCAACCGGCGUGGUCUGCACUUUCUACUGCACACUGGGUGGCCUGAAGGCAGUGGUGUGGACAGACGUUUUCCAGGUUGGAAUCAUGGUGGCUGGAUUUUCGGCUGUGAUUAUACGAGCUGUAGUGGUCCAGGAGGGAAUUGGACGCAUUGUGAAUGAUUCCUACUAUGGAGAAAGACUGAACUUCUGGGACUUUAAUCCCAAUCCUCUGCAGAGGCACACCUUCUGGACAAUUCUUAUAGGUGGGACUUUCACAUGGACUGGCAUCUAUGGGGUCAACCAGUCUCAAGUACAGAGAUACAUCGCAUGCAAAACCAGAUUCCAUGCAAAAAUGUCACUCUACAUCAACCUUGUGGGCCUCUGGGCAAUACUGGUCUGUGCAACACUCUGUGGCCUGAGCCUCUACUCCAUCUACAAGGAGUGUGACCCAUGGACAGCAGGGAUGGUGUCAGCACUGGACCAGCUAAUGCCAUACCUGGUGCUGGAUAUUCUCCGUGAUUUUCCAGGAGUGCCAGGGCUUUUUGUGGCUAGUGCCUACAGUGGGACAUUAAGUACGGUGUCCUCCAGCAUCAAUGCUCUGGCUGCCGUCACCGUUGAAGACCUCAUUAGGCCACACUUCAGAUCCCUCUCUGAAAAGCAGUUGUCAUGGAUUUCCAUGGGGAUGAGCCUCUUUUAUGGUGGAGUCUGCAUUGCUAUGGCUGCACUGGCAUCUCUCAUGGGAGCCUUGUUACAGGCAGCACUCAGCAUUUUUGGCAUGGUUGGUGGUCCCCUCUUAGGACUGUUUGCCUUGGGAAUCCUCUGCUCCUUUGCAAAUGGAAUUGGAGCAUUUGUGGGUCUCAUCAGUGGCUUUGCUGUUUCACUUUGGGUUGGAAUCGGAUCUCAGAUCUAUCCUCCACUCCCUGAGAGGACCAAUCCACUGUAUCUCUCAGUUGCAGGCUGUAACAUAUCCACAGGAAAUCUGACAUCCACAGAAAGCCCUUUAACAACAGUCUUCAGCACACCAGCUGCAGAGAGGCCUGCCUUGGCAGAUAACUGGUAUUCCUUGUCCUACCUCUACUUCAGCACACUUGGGACACUCAUCACAGUAGCUGUGGGCAUAAUUAUCAGCCUCCUAACAGGAGGUCUGAAGCAGAACACAGAUCGUAGAUUCCUGCUGACCAAGGAAGAUUUCCUGUCCAACUUCUCAUGCUCUAAAUCUGAGACACCAGAGAAAGUGGAAGUGUUGAACAGACAAUCGUUUCCCGUGGCAGCCGAAGGAACGGACAACCCUGCUUUCAGCCACAUUGAGAUGGACGUUGCCAGUGCUAAGAGCAAAGCCAACGGCCUUCAUAUAUGA